GUGAUUUCCGUGGUGUUUGUUCCCAAAGUGUCCUCCGCUGGUUGAUGAUCAGCGCAGGGCUCCAUGUUCAGACUGGAAUUGAAGUAGAAACUGAUAGACUCACUUCACUUCCUCAAUGUACGGAACGUUAACGGGAGUUUAGCUGGUUAACAGUGUCGGUAACGUUAAAACAGCUCCUAAAGAUGCUUUGGUUUGAGGGCUCAAUCCCUGCCGCCAUAAACUUGGCUAAACAGCGGAGUUCCGUCUUUGUCGUUGUCAUUACAGGGGAGGAUGACCAGUCUGCCCAGCUGAUUUCCAGCUGGGAGGAUGAGAGAGUAUCAGAGGCAGCCCACCACUGCUGUGUGGCCAUCCGAGUGGAUGCCCAGAGCGAGACCUGCGUGCAGUUCUCUCAGAUCUACCCUGUGGUGUGCAUCCCCUCAAGCUUCUUCAUCGGGGAGAAUGGGAUCCCUCUGGAGGUUAUUGCUGGCAGUAUUCCUGCUGAAGAACUGAAGAAAAGGAUCCACAGAGUGAAGCAGAUGCAUGCCCAGCAAAUGGAAGGUGGGGCUGUGUUACCAGAGGCAGGUGUUUCUGUGGAGGCCAUCCCAGCUAAUAGCAGUGCUCCAGCCAGCACAGCUGCACCAGCGUCUGUCUCCAGCACACCCCCAGGGACUGCCGAUGUAUCUUCUAACCAUGCAGCUCCCAGGGAAGACGACCUGAGUACUAAGGUGGACAGAUUAACCAAGAAACUGGAGGAGAGACGAGAGCAGAAGAAGAGAGGAGAAGAAGAGAGUGAGCUCCAGAAGGAAAUUGAGCGGAGGAAGAUGGGGAAGGAUGUGCAUGACCUGAAGAAGAAGCAGGAAGAGGAAAAGAUGAGGCGCCUGCUGGAGGAGAGGAACCGGGAGAAGGCUGAGGAGAAGGCUGCCAGGGAGCGGGUCAAACAGCAGAUCGCCCUGGACCGCGCGGACAGAGCCGCACGCUACGCCCAGACCCAAGAGGAGGAGAGGGCUUCCCGGCAGGCAGCGCUGGAGGCCCGGCAGGCCCGGCAGGACGCCCGCAAGGAGUCAGCACUCAGGGAGAGGAGUACCAUAGCAAGGAUCCAGUUCAGGCUCCCAGACGGCUCUUCCUUCACCAACCAGUUUCCGUCCCAGAGCAGACUGCUAGAGGCCCGGGACUUUGCUGAUCAGGAAGUGGGGAAGCGCUAUGGGAAGUUCUCCCUGGCAACCAUGUUCCCUCUGCGGGAGUUCACCAGUGAGGACCUGAACAGGACUCUGCUGGAGCUGGAGCUGGCUCCCAGUGCCUCCAUCGUGCUGCUGCCGCAGUCGAGCAGGCCUGCUCAAACCGUGGUUCAAUCCUCUGCCGGAGGCGUCUGGGUCCUUCUGGGCACACUGCUCUACCCUCUAUUGGCUAUGUGGAGAUUCCUCAGCUCCUUCCUGUUUACCAGCCCCACCCCUCCUGGAGCCGCAGCAGCACCCAGAGGCUCCGGUCGCCCGUCUAGCUCCUACACCAGCUCAGCAUCAGCCUCAGACAAAACAAACAGAGAAACAGUCCCAAAGUAUUCUGCGGAGAAGCGGCCCAAAGACUUCAAGAAGGACGGGAAAAUCUGCAGGCUGCGGAAUCAGGAGGACAGCGAGGACGACACCAACACAUGGAACGGAAACUCCACCCAGCAGAUGUAGUUCUCUGUGACUUCCUCUGGCUGUCCUGCUGUGACUGGUCCAGUGGUUUCUGUUGUCCCUCUUCCUGACUGUUGGUACUAAUCAACAGCAGCUGUUUUUGUGUUGAUGACAUAAUUGUGUCUGGUGGCCAGUCUCUCU